AUGGACAACAGCGGCGAUGGCCCUCUCCAAGUUCCUGGAUUCAAUGAUGUUCCUCUAUACUAUGAGCUACCCAGAGGCUCUCGCUUCGCGCAUGGGAUCGCAGACUGGAGACAGAGCCCACAGUUGACCCUGCGGGAAGUUUGUAUGCUACAGUUCAUGUCCUACGUCACGGAGCAGCCAGACUGGGAAAACAAGUGCGACGACCCCGACACCCUCGAGAUCUGGCGUGAAAAGGCCGAUAGUGCUUUUGAUCUGGAUCAGCCAUGCUGGGACUGGUGCCACAAAGAGCUGCAAGACAAAGCAGCUGACUUCAAGCGCAAGGGUCACGUGGCCGUCUUUGAUGCGGACUCUCGAGUCAUCAAGGCGGAAGUCGACGCUAGUCUUCUCGCCGAUCUUCGGACGACCAUGGAACCGCUUUUCUCAUCGACAGAAGAGCCCGACUCGGAAGACAAAGAGGCGCUCGUGGAGGCUGGUGUUCAAGGCCCCAUCCGGCAUGUGGUUGAUCCAUCUAUGUAUCCUCUUGUGUAUGGACGGACCAAAGUUCUCAUCAACGGAGGCAAGGUCGAUCUCGACAGUUUCGAGUCAUGGGAUAACUCUCGAUGCCAGACUGCUCCAAUUCCCAACAAGUUGACCAAAGGCUUGUAUGAGUUACAUCCCGAAGAGAGAGAUCUCAAUGAUGGUCGAAGGAUGGGUAAGCCUAAAUACUGGUCAAACAACUUCCAGUGGCUUCCAUGUGAAGUGAAGCUCACAGCUCGAGGGAGGACUGAGAUUACAUCCUAUAUCAACGGCGUGAAUCCUAAAGAGAAAAGGGCUUACCAAGCACUUGAGAGACUGAUUGCGACCACCAUACAGCCGUGGAAUGAGAUGCUUAUUGUCGGAAAACAAGGCCGAACACCGAUCCGCAUUCGAACCUAUGACUUCGAGUAUGAAGGUACCGAGUUACCACAGGCAUGGAACCUUCUGGAAGCGACAAGGCCAUUUGAUAUGAAUUUUGCCGAAGAGACAUGGGCUGAAAUUCGCUCACAGGCUAGAGAAUACCUCAGUCUGCCCGAGCACGAAAAGCGAUACCAAAUUCGUCCAACAAAAUCAAAUGUGAAAGAUCUUCUUGCCAGUAUGGAGCCUUGGCAAUGGAACUCGCGGACCGUUCUUCAAGACUUGAUGCUUGAGAAGAGUAAAAGAUUGUCUAUUUUCAAAGGUAUUGAACCUGGGAUCUCAUUCACAUAUGACGAGUGGAGGACCGGGGAAAAUACUGCUCGGCCAAUUCGACCCAAAGUGAACAAUAGCAAGCGCUGCACAGACCCACCUCUUCCUGACCCCGAUCAUCAGUAUUAUUCUGUGUCUCUUCAGGAUCAAUUCCAGGGGCUUCAGGUGAUCAUUCGGGUCUCUAGUAUUGACCUUACCCCGGAACAGCCCGUGUAUGCUGGAGAUCCCGCCUUCGGUGUCCCCGGCAUCCUCAAUGAGCACAUUGUUGCCACAACAGUGUGCUAUCUUGAUCAAGAAAAUAUCACGGAUGCUAAGCUUUCAUUUGAGCACGAAACAAAACUUGAUGCAAGUGACUUCAAUGUCGAAAAAUGUUUGAUUAUGAGUCGAGUUUUUGGUAUUCCUGAACAACCCGUCCUUGAUGAACCCAGCUUCCUUCCACCCGCCCUGCAAGUGUUGGGAUCUAUUCCCAUCUCACGGGCCGGGGCGCUUCUUGCUUGGCCCACCACAUUGCGGUCUAAAGCCGAAUCUUUUACCCUUCGGGACCCCUCGAUACCCGGCCGUCUUAGGUUUGUGACCCUUUGGCUAGUGGAUCCUCACUACCGAGUCUGCUCCACUCAAAAUGUUCCUCCUCAAAACCCCAGCUGGGUAUAUGACGGGCCGAACUAUUCAUUCGAGCAGGCGCGGAGUACUGGGCUCAUAUCACCGAAAGAGGCGACACAGUAUCGGAACCUCAUGAAGAAGGAAAGAGACUCUAUUGCCAAGGAAUUUCAACGUGAUGGCCACGGCCGGCAUACCUAUGAGAAUGAUUAUCUCAAUUCUUUCUAUUGA